AUGUGGCGUCGCUUCACCUCUUUACGCCCCAUCUCCACUUCCCCCAUAACCCUUCCCCACUUUACUCGCAACAGAAUGGCUUCGACCACCACGGCCUCGUCAGCGCACGGCGAUGCGCGCUUUCUUGCAGACCAGAAACCACCAGUGUGUUCGUUGGGUAUCGGGAACGCCUUUGAGGCUUUGACCAAACAAGAGAGUGAGUAGUGAAUGCGUUGGUGUGAUUGUGCGACGAGAAGGGCCGUGGCGCCUAAGGAGGUGACGCAGAGGCGAACAGAAGCCAUGUGGGGUAACCACGGCGAGUCCAGAGCCGAGACUGAACCAUUCCAUUACACUCACUCCCACAGAACUCUACUCGCACCACCUCUCCCUCGCCUCGUGGGCAGGUGCAAGGAUCAUCAUGGCCCAAACCUCCCCUCAUGCCGAAUCCAUCUUUGAUCUUCUCAUCGCGAUGUUCUCCAGUCGCGAGGAUCAUGCCAACUUGGCCGAUUUGAACGCGAUGAAGGACAAGAGUCAAGUCGGGGACCAGGAAUGGGAGGACGUAUUGGCCUAUUCGGCGCAGGUCAGUUUUAGAGCUGAGCAGCGGAGAGUGUGCGUUCGAAAAAGAGCUGACCCUCGAGUGGCCCUCGAGAGCAGGUCCUCAGCAACUUGGCCCACUUCAAGAGCUUUGGUGGUACAAAGUUCGUCCCUCGCGUCGACGUCGAAGCGUUCGAAAAGGUCGUCGCUGCCGCCGAGAGGAAGGAAGAUGUUCAAGCUCUGUGGGAAAAGGUAAGCUGCAACGCAACGCUUCCCAAAGAGGUGCGACCGUUGAGGAAUCUUGCCUUUUUUUGAACUUUACAGACCAAGCAAGAGAUCUACGCCCUCUCGCCCGUCUCCCAACUCGUCAUCGGUAAACCCAGUGCGGGCCACCUGUCCAACUACUACCCCUCCGACCCGGCCCCUUCGGACGAACACGUCGACGAGGUGCAAAACUUGUGCGACCAAAACGGCAUCUCGACGCUCAACACGAGAUUGAUCAAGGUCUCGGACCAGGAGCUCGUCUUGAAGCUUGCGUCGACGACGAAGGACGUACCGAGUUCGUACCCUGCCGAAUUGGAGAGUUCCAAGUUCGGCUUCAAGGUCCGCAUCGAAGGCGGCGACUACGCCAGCUCCCUCGCCAAGGUCAACCAAGGCCUUCUCGACGCCGCCAAGUAUGCCGGCGACGACAACAGGAGCAAGAUGUUGCACGACUACGAGAACAGUUUCAGGACCGGCGAUUUGGAGAAGCACAAGGAUGGCUCGAGGAAGUGGGUCAAGGAUCAGGGACCGGUCGUCGAGAGUUAUAUUGGGUUCAUUGAGAGCUACGUCGAUCCUUUUGGCGCGAGGGCCGAAUUUGAGGGCUUUGUCGCCGUCGUCAACAAGGAGGUGAGUCGUCGUGGACGCUAAAGGAUACGUCGAAUACCUCCCAAACUGAUCGAACUCUGCUCUACUUGCGCCUCCUUGCCGACAGCAAAGCAAAAAGUUUGCCAUCCUCGUCGACAAGGCGCCUCAUCUGAUCCAAGACCUCCCCUGGGGCAAGUCGUUCGAAGUCGAUACCUUCCAAAGGCCCGACUUCACCGCCCUCGAGAUCCUCUCCUUCGCGACCGGUGGUAUCCCCGCCGGUAUCAAUAUCCCGAAUUAUCAUGAUGUGAGGGAACAGGAUGGCUUCAAGAACGUGUCGUUGGUCAACAUCUUGGCGGCCAAAGCCGCGGGCGAGGUGUUGACGUUCAUUGCGCCCGAGGAGAGGGAGGGGUACGAAAAGUGGGUCGAUCGCUGCUUUGAAGUGCAAGUUUGCAAUCACGAGGUGAGUGUACGAGUGUGUGCGUGCUCGGUCAAAGGGUUAUAUUACUAGCUAUAGGGAAAAGCUGACGGAUCUGCUUCAUCGUCUUGACGAACCCAGCUCCUCGGUCACGGUACCGGUAAACUCUUGCAAGCCCGUCCCGACGGUUCGCUCAACUUUGAUCGCUCAACCGUCCUGAACCCUUUGACGAACCAACCCAUCGAAUCAUGGUACCAACCCGGCGAGACGUACGGAUCACGUAUCGGGCCUGUCUCGAGCGCGAUGGAAGAAUGUCGUGCCGAGGCCGUGGCCCUGUACCUCGCGAGUCAUCGGGAGAUUCAAGAGAUCUUUGAGAUUACCGAACAAGUGGAUAGGGAGGAUUUGGUGUACUAUACGUUCUUGAGCAUGGCUAGGGCCGGCGUCAAGGCGCUUGAAUGGUAUGAUCCACUGACGGGCAGACAUGGGCAGGCGCAUAUGGAGUGAGUUUUGGGGGGUGCGGGAUGUUGGCUUGAGCAGGAGACUGAUCGGUGUUCUUUGUGCUUGUGCAGGGCUCGUCAUGGGAUCACCAAUUGGUUGAUCGAGCACGGUAUCGUCUCCCUCGAGACGAAACUCGACGCACAGGGUAAACUCGUCGAUGCGUACGCCAGGGUCGAUCGUCAGGCGUGUCUCGAGAAGGGCAAGAAGGUCAUGGGAGGUGGGUUUGAAGAGUCCUUCUCAAGCCGUAAUCGUGUGACGAUACUGAAUUGUUUUGGGAUUCGUCCUUAGAUCUGUUGCUUCACCUCCAAAUCCUUAAAUCGACAGGCGACGGACCCGGUGCGACCGCCUUCUUCAAGAAACUGACGACCCCUUCAAAAGAAUGGGUCGACGAACUGAGGCCGUUGGUGUUGAGCAGCAAGUUGCCGAGGAAGAUCUUCGUGCAGCCCAAUACGGUCGUGACGGCGGAGAGCGGGGAGGUCGAGCUGAGGGAGUACGAGGUUAGUUUGGAAGGCGUUAUCAGGAGUUUUGUGGAGAGGCGACUUUGA